GAAGAAAGGAAUGCUGCAGUGCCAUUCGAUGCAACGUGACUAUUACGAAGUCUUACAAGUCAGUAAUACGGCCACUUUGAGUGAGAUAAGAGCAUCCUUCCGUCGAUUGGCACUAAAAUGGCAUCCAGAUAAGAAUCCUGAUAGAGUAGAAGAAGCAACGCAGCAGUUCAAGGAAAUCCAACACGCGUACGCUGUACUUUCGGACGAAAAUGAACGUGCCUGGUAUGACGCACAUAAAGAAAGUAUUCUUUCUGGAAAAGAACCACAGAAUGAAGAUAAACCAAAAGACAAGGAAGCAGGUCUUCGUAAAGCCACCAGUGCUCCCCUUUUUGAAUGUUUCUCUUCUGGGUUUUACAAUGGCUAUGCUGAUGAUUCGUAUAGUUUCUAUACGAGGUUUAGAGAAGUAUUUGAAAGUUUGGAUAGAGAAGAGAGAAGCUUUAUGGAGGAUGUAGUGUUUGCUCCAUCGUUUGGCAGGUCUGAUUCGUCUUGGGAUGACGUAAACAAGUUUUAUAACUACUGGGAAAAUUUCCAGACCAAAAAACCUUUUCCAUAUGUGGAUAAGUGGAACUUAAACGAUGCGCCUAAUCGAGAAAUAAGACGAGCUAUGGAGAAAGAAAAUAGGCGUGAAAGACAAAAUGCAAAAAAGGAGUUUGUUGCUGCAGUGCGUAAUUUAGUUCGAUAUGUGAAGAGAAGAGACAAGAGGGUUGCCAGAAGACGCCAAGAAGAGCUUGAAGAAGAGAAUCGGAAACAAGAGAAACUUGCUCAAGAGUGGACAAGACGAAAUGAAGAAGCGGAACAAGUUAGGAGAAAGUUACAAGAGGAACGCCAGAAAUUGAUUGAAGAAGAACUAGUUCAUUUGGAUGAACUCCUUGAGGAGCUUGACCUUGAAAACUCUUUGUAUGAAACCGUUCCCGAAGAUAUCAAAUUCACUUGUAUAGUAUGUAAGAAAACGUUUCGGUCAUUGUCACAAUGGGAAAAUCAUGAGUCUUCUAAGAAACAUUCAGAUAAAUUGAAAAAGGCUCACAGAGAUCUCUUUAUCAAGAAUGAAAAAUUAAAUCCGUUAGAUAUACGUGUAGGGAAGGAGAAGAUAACUCUUGAACAAUACUUUGAGUUGUUGUCGCCAUCUCAAGAAGCAGACUCUGAAAUUCCUGUUGAGGAAGAAUAUUAUAUCGAAGAGACGGAUGUGAAGAGCGACAAAGAAGAAGAGAGAGAAACGUCUGACAACUUAAAUGGAAGUUUUCAAGAUGAUAUACUUUGUAAGGAUAAGGAUAAUAUGAAUUCUUUUGUCUCUUCAUCAGAAAAGGGAGCAGUAGCCAGCCACCAUGACGAAGCUUCAGAGAAUGAUGUCAUUAUGGCAACAGAGAAUAAGAAGAAAGAGCGAAAGAAACGAAGAAACAAAUCGGACAAGAAAAACGAGACCUCAAUUCGAUGUAACGUUUGUAACGAAACUUUUAGUUCGAGGAAUAAACUUUUUGAGCACAUUCGGAAGGAAGGGCAUGCUCUUCGUGUCGCGUAGAGCAGAUAUUUGUUUUCUGAUUAUAGUAUGGUUGUAAUGUAUAGAAAUAAUUAAGCAUAGUUGCACGAGAAAUACCCUUAUAGUAAUAUGUAAUUACUGUAUUGAUAGUUUUGGAAGUAUAUAUGUAAUAGUUAUUCAUGUCUUUCUACGAUAAUGAAAUACCUUCCUUGUGC